CACAACGUGGCCGGGCGGAAUGUAAACAAGGGAACCCCAGUCAAUAGACGGGCUCAUUAAACGACGAUCUCGUCAAAAAGCUCCAAUUAUAUGUUUCCCCAGACUCCUCAGUGUGUGUGGCCAUGUGAGCGCUACCUGGGGAGGGAGGGGAGGCACAUGAGAGUACGCCACACACACGCCCCCCCGGCGGUGUGUGGCGGUGUAACACGACGCUUCAGGAGUUGCCAUCAUCACAUGGCAGAUGGAAAUUUCCACUCGGUCUCUCCGCUUGUUAAAUGGGAAGGGUCUCCGACUCUUGUCUCCACUAGUCCGCCGCCUCCUCUCCUCCGCCCGCUACAGCUGCCCACCGCACCGAAGCCUUAGAAUCUGAAGCAGGGUUCCACAUGAAUCGGCAUUGAUGGGGAGAAUUGUGAUCGAUAAAAUCUCCGACGAUCCUUGGGAGGAGGUGAUGUCAUUACUCUCUCUGUCAGCAUUGUGGCGCGAGCCAACGCCACAAGGCUUCUGGUCUUUACGCAGACGUUCACACAACGUUUGACCAUGACGAGCUACAAAAACCACACAACCAGCUUGAAGGUUGUUCAGCCCCCCUCCUCCUCCUCCUCCUCCUGAAGUCCAGGUCAAAGCCUUGAGCUUGAAAAGAAUUACAUGGAGCAGGGCGCCGACCUCAUCGUGAGCGGGCAGAUCAAUUCUGACUGAUAAGACAGACGGAGCGCGGGUCCGCAGGAACGGGUUGACAAACAAGGUUCUUUUCUCAUCUAGCAGGUCUGGCAGAGGUUGAGGAAGAAGCACAUCGCCGCCUUGUGAACUGUAAAAACCUGAAAUCCCCAAAAGAAAAGACGCUCUUCUCCGCUUCUCGCCACCGCUGCCACUAUGCCGGGAGCAGUGGAUCGCAUAGAGCUAAGGAAAGUCUCCGACAGCCUGGAAGACCGCUAUACAAAGCCCAUCGACUCCGAGAAGGACAUCACCGACAGUCAGUUUUUGGACGACAAUGAAGAUGGAGAAAGCCAGAAGUUCCUGUCAAAUGGGUUAAUGAAGAAGAAGAAAUAUGAGGAGUACCAUGAAGAAUAUCAUCCCGGCCACACCUCCUUCGGGAUGUCCGUGUUCAACUUGAGCAACGCCAUCAUGGGCAGCGGCAUCCUGGGCCUGUCCUACGCCAUGGCGAACACCGGCAUCUUGCUCUUUUCAUUCCUCCUCGUCGCUGUGGCCAUCCUCUCCUUAUAUUCUGUACAUCUGCUCCUGAUGACAGCUAAAGAAGGAGGAUCCCUCAUCUACGAGAAGCUGGGAGAGAGAGCGUUCGGUUGGCCUGGCAAAAUCGCAGCAUUCGGAUCCAUCAUCAUGCAGAAUAUUGGAGCCAUGUCCAGCUACCUCUUCAUCGUGAAGUACGAGCUGCCCGAGGUGAUCCGAGCCUUUCUGGGAUUGGAAGAAAUCUCCGGUGAGUGGUACUUGAACGGGAACUACCUGGUGGUGUUCGUGUCCAUCGGAAUCAUCCUGCCUUUGUCUCUGCUCAAAAAUCUGGGCUACCUGGGCUACACCAGCGGCUUCUCCCUCUGCUGCAUGGUCUUCUUCCUGUGUGUGAUGAUCUACAAGAAGACCCAGCUGCCCUGCCCUCUUCCCUUCUUUUACCACCACUCGUCCAACCUCAGCAUGAACGGCUCGGACAUGUCGGGGCUGUACUCGCCGCGGAACAGCACGGCGCACAUGGAUUUCUCCCGCGCCGACGUCUCGCCGGCGGUGCUCGGCAGCCCCGACGCUCACUCCUCCACGGGCGUCCACGUGGAGGCCCGCCCCGAAGACGAGGAGAUGUGCACGCCCAAAUACUUUGUCUUCAACUCACAGACGGCGUACACGGUGCCCAUCCUGGCCUUCGCCUUCGUCUGCCACCCUGAGGUCCUGCCCAUCUACAGUGAGCUUAAAGAUCGCAGCCGGAAAAAGAUGCAGAACGUCUCCAAUCUGUCCAUCAUGAUGAUGCUCAUCAUGUACAUGAUGUCGGCACUGGUUGGCUACCUCACCUUUUACGAAAACGUGGAGGCAGAGUUGCUCCACACCUUCACCAAGGUGUAUAAGUUUGACACUAUGUUGCUGCUGGUGCGUUUGGCUGUUCUCACUGCCGUCACCCUGACGGUGCCCAUCGUGUUGUUCCCUAUCCGCUCCUCCAUCACCACGCUGCUGUUCAGCGGGCGAGAGUUCAGCUGGAUUCGCCACUUGCUGAUUGCCGCCGCCAUCCUGGCCUUCAACAACAUCUUGGUCAUCUUCGUGCCCACCAUCAGGGACAUCUUCGGCUUCAUCGGUUCCUCUGCAGCCACGAUGCUCAUCUUCAUCCUACCUGCUGCCUUUUACAUCCGCCUGGUAAAGUCAGUGCCAUUUCGCUCCCCGCAGAAGAUCGGAGCGGCUGUCUUCCUGGUUGUGGGAGUCAUCUUCAUGAUUGGCAGCCUGUCACUCAUCGUCCUCGACUGGAUCCACAACCCCCCAGGCUCCAGCGGUGGCCACUAAGCCCCUUCUUCCCUCCUUAGAUUCACAUUUAACAGUGCACCCUGUUCCCUACCCGCCUCAGCUGGUCCAACAUCUGGGAACGGGGUUCCUCAGUGGUUCCCUUCCCUUGGCCAAAUCAUAAAUGUCAAUUAUAAACAUAUGAACAUAAUGUGCCGGGUUAAGGCGUCUUCAGUUUGCUCCCCGGAGAAUAUAACUGGAGACUUUUUCGUUCGGUUUGUCCUUUUUUUUUUUUUUGCUGUAAAGUUCUGGAUGACACAGCAUAAACAUAAGAAUCAAAAUCUAGAGAGGGGAAAACAAGACUGGUUUAAUGUGCCACCAACAGGGUGAAAUCAUUGUCAUCUUCCUUAAUAUUUCCAGCUGUGAGGAGAAGGAACAAACACAUACUGUACAGCCCCCCCCCGAAGCAGAUCUGUGAACUGCGGUUUCUGCAGGGCUGGAAAGACAAUGCGAGUCCCUCAGUCCUCUGUGUACUUGAAGGAGACAAUCGGAGUUGGAGUGUGUCGUCCUCCAUGAAACAAGGAGCACUUCUAGCAUUACGUUUCACUUUGUGUGUAGAGCUAGCACACACACGCACGCACACACACACACACACACACACACACACACACACACACACACACACGCACGCACGCACGUAGGCUUGGUGAAAACACAUCCACGCCUGUAUUUUCCGGCUCAUCUCAAAACGGCAAAAGGUAAAUCAAUAAUUCAGUUAAAUCGUUUUACAACUUUUAUUCAGGAAAGUUUGUUUGUUAACAAUCAGAAUCUUCUCCAAAGUCUUUAUGCACAGUCAGUAUUAAUGUCACAGAGGGAUCUGAACAGAAAGAUAAACAUAAUUAAGUUUGUCGCCCCAAAAAAAAAGGGUUUGACAAAAUAUCACAAUUUGCUUAAUUUUCCAUUCAGGUUUUCAUGAAGUGAACAUUUUCAACAUGCAGUAGAAACACCUGCUGAAAUUAUUUAUUUGGCCUUUCAUAUCCGGCCAUAAGUUGUUAUUUUUGAUAAAUAAUCGGCAAACAUUUGUACGAAAAACUAUUUAAAUAUAUACAGUUUACAUAAAUACAAUUGGGCGAUUCUAAAGUGAAUUAAAUUCAACCAAGAUCCAAAUGUGAAAGAGCUCAUUCAAAAUCAGUUCGCAAAAUCAAGAUGCUAAGAUUGUAGUAAACAAGUUGUGCCAUACUAUCCUUAUGCCUUCUGAAAGAAAACCCUUACUCUCUCCAAAUGUAAUGUAAAGAGACGCCUUAUUUUAUAUUUGAUUAAAAAAUAUAUAUAUUUUGAUGGAUAACGUUUAGUUUAACUGUUUAAGGAAAUUCCGAUCGUGUGUUAUUUCGCUAUAAAUACAUGGGUCACUUCAUCUGUUUUGCAGACAAAACCAAGGUAAAAUUAUUAAUCUCAGUGAACCGAUUAUCACGUAGUAACAUCAUUUCAGUAUUCACAUAAUCAAUAAUCAGAUCAAACUUGCAACAGUGAAUAGUUAUUCUUUUAAAUUGUGCCUUUGCAUUGUUCUCAAAUUGGCUUCUGAUACUCGUUCCUUUUCGGGAAAUUAUUCAAGACAACACCAAAACCUCAUUUCACCUCGUCUCCGAAGCCGCUACCUGUCACCAACACAUCUACCCAAAGUGGAUAACAAUUAUAGAUCCUUUGCGGAUCUACGAACAUGAAACAAAUUGAUAUUUCAAAUGAAAUAGUGUAUUAUGUGCAUGUCUUUGGAUUACAAACAUAGUCUUUUUGGACAUAUGUAUAUGCUCUGUAAAUAAUUGUUAUUUUAUGGUACACUGACACUCAUUGUGAGUGGGUUGUUGGGGGAUUCUGCAUUGCAAGUCUUCUGCAAUCCAGUUUGUUUUAGUAUAUAAAUAUAUAUAACGUGUAUUAGAAUUGUUUUUUUCUCCUGCUGUACGACAGUAGUUUUUUUUUCUUCUUUAUUUGAAGCUUGUAUAUUUGUAGAAAAUUUGGUUUCUAUAUAUCCAUUUUCAUGUUCUAAUGUUAACUCCUCAUAUCUGGAUGAAUUAAUCACUUUAUAACAUGCUUUUCCCAGAAGUUUUAGAAACCUUGCGAUGAGUGUCUGUAGCUGAUUGGCUCCUGCUGACCAACACUGGGUUGAUAUCACAGCCACAAGUACACAGUAUUGCUGUUUUUCUGAAAAACAAUGCAAAACGAGAUUAUCCAAAGUAUUUUGUGACCACACUACAGGAAGGUUCUUGAAAGAGCUCAUGGCUCUUCUGCUAUGUAUCGCGUGGCACAUACACUAACGUGCAGACGUCAUUCUAUGAUAACUCGCGGUUGAAUACCUCUUCCACAGGAUAAAAAAAUGAAAUGAAAGAACCUUCUGUGUUUCAUACAUAGUGGCUUAUCAUACUGUGGCUUAUGAUGUGGAUCUCCGCUAUCAUAGAAACAAACAUUUCAACCCCGCAUGUCUUAUAUCCGUGAAGUUACUUGAACUAGAGCUUUCCACAGCCUGAUAAGUCAGCAAGCUUCAUGACCGAAGGGGUCCACGCAGCCCUUCAGGACCUGCUAUGAAUGUUCAAUAAUGGAUUGUUCCCAGUUUAACAAUCUGGUUCACUCGCUUUUAUUUUUUCUUUAUGAAUGAUUAGCGGUCACUUCAUUAGCAUCCUGCCGUCAAUUGGCAUAUUCUGCCCGUCAGCGGUCAACAGCUUCAGGUUGAGUUUGGUCUUUUUUAAAGUGCUCAUUUGACAAAAGACUAAAGGCGGCACGUUUUUAUUGGAAUGCUCCCAGCACCACCCUUUAGUAUCUCAGGUAUUCGGUCUGGAUGAAUAUUUCUUUGUCUUUUGGACAAAUCUCUUCGUCCUCUUUAGCAUGAUUGAGCCAAGCUGUACAGUGUUGCCAUAUUUUGUGCCGGCAUAGAUGAGAAGUCGUCUCGUGGAUCUUUUAAAGCAGACAAGUCCACAGCUAAAUUAGUCAGCGAUCAGAAAAGAGCCGUAGAGAACCACCUGCCCUUUUUCCAAUGGACCUCUAUCCGUGGAGAAACACUGGCCGAACAUUCAGAAUUGUAAUUUUACCCAAACAAAAGGGGAUGUUUUUUGUAUCAGUGAUGCUGUAUCAAUAUGAUGAACAAUAAAAAUGUGAAUUGAAAAGUU